AUGUUGGUCUCUCUGGAGGACGGUAACGGCGAAGGAAGGCGCCCAGCCCGCCAGAAAGGCCGCGCAGGGCGUAAGAAACCGGCGCGACCCGGCGGCCCUCUCGCGGGUGUGGGGGUUUUGGGGGCACCCGCCGCUCGCCGCUGGAAACCCCUUCCAGAGGGCGCUGGAGGUUGGGGAAAGAUCCUUGUAAAUGCUCCAGGGACAGGAUGGAGUGCACCUGCUGGACUGGAACAGCACUGGUUCCCAGCAGCCAGGCUUGCAAAGGGCCAGUACUGCGACAUCUGCACAGCCUCCAACAGCAACAAGGCACACCCUGUAAGCAAUGCCAUCGAUGGCACGGAGCGCUGGUGGCAGAGUCCCCCACUGUCUCGUGGCCUGGAGUACAACGAGGUCAACGUCACCCUGGACCUGGGCCAGGUCUUCCACGUGGCCUAUGUGCUCAUCAAGUUUGCCAACUCCCCUCGGCCGGACCUCUGGGUGCUGGAGCGCUCCACAGACUUUGGCCACACCUACCAGCCGUGGCAGUUCUUCGCCUCCUCCAAGAGGGAUUGCCUGGAGCGCUUCGGGCCUCAGACGCUGGAGCGGAUCUCUCAGGAUGAUGAUGUCAUUUGUACCACCGAGUACUCGCGCAUAGUGCCCCUGGAGAAUGGCGAGAUUGUGGUGUCCCUGGUGAACGGGCGUCCCGGAGCCAUGAACUUCUCCUAUUCACCGCUGCUGCGUGACUUCACCAAAGCCACCAACAUCCGGCUGCGUUUUCUGCGCACCAACACGCUGCUGGGCCACCUCAUGGGCAAGGCACUGCAGGACCCCACCGUCACCCGCCGGUACUACUACAGCAUCAAGGACAUCAGCAUCGGCGGCCGCUGCGUCUGCCAUGGCCACGCAGAUGUCUGUGACGCCAAAGACCCCUUGGAUCCUUUCAGGCUGCAGUGUGCCUGCCAGCACAACACAUGCGGGGGCUCCUGUGACCGCUGCUGCCCCGGCUUCAACCAGCAGCCGUGGAAGCCGGCCACCACCGACAGCGCCAACGAGUGUCAGUCCUGUAACUGCCACAGCCAUGCCCACGACUGUUACUAUGACCCUGAGGUGGACAGACGCAGUGCCAGCCAGAACCAGGACAAUGUGUACCAGGGUGGGGGCGUCUGCAUCGACUGCCAGCAUCACACCACUGGCAUCAACUGUGAGCGCUGUCUGCCCGGCUUCUACCGCUCCCCGGACCACCCUCUCGACUCGCCCCUCGCCUGUCGCCGCUGCAGCUGUGAGUCCAACUUCACCGAUGGGACGUGUGAGGACCUGACCGGCCGCUGCUACUGCCGGCCAAACUUCACCGGGGAGCACUGCGACAUGUGUGCCAAGGGCUUCGUAGGCUUCCCACACUGCCACUCUGUGCCAUCCUCCCGCAAUGACACCAGGGAGCAGGGGCCAGCAGGGCAGAUUGUGAACUGUGACUGCAGUGACAGCGGGACCGUGGACGACACCUGCCAGAAAGACCCGAGGGUUGGUCGCUGCGUGUGCAAACCCAACUUCUGGGGUGCCCACUGUGAGCUGUGUGCUCCGGGGUUCUACGGAUCGAGCUGCCAGCCCUGCCGGUGCUCCAGUCCCGGGGUGGCCGAUGGGCUCUGCGCCCCCGACUCCGGCCAGUGCAGGUGUCGCGCGGGCUUUGAGGGAGCUGCCUGCGAUCGCUGUGCCCCUGGCUACUUCCAUUUCCCUCUGUGCCAGUUGUGUGGAUGCAGCCCCGCCGGGACCUUGCCCGAAGGCUGCGAUGAAGCUGGCCGCUGCCUGUGCCGGCCCGGGUUUGACGGCCCCCACUGUGACCGCUGCCGCCCAGGCCACCACGGUUACCCCAGCUGUCUUGCCUGCGCCUGCGACCCCCAGGGAGCCCUGGACCAGUUCUGUGGGGCAGGUGGUUUGUGCCACUGCCGCCCUGGCUACACGGGCGCCGCCUGCCAGGAGUGCAGCACCGGCUUCUAUGGCUUCCCCGUCUGCACCCCCUGCCACUGCUCCGCCGACGGCUCCCUGCACUCGGCCUGUGACCCCCGGACUGGGCAGUGCAGCUGCCGGCCCCGCGUGACGGGUCUGCGGUGUGACGCGUGUGUGCCUGGCGCCUACAACUUCCCCUACUGCGAAGCUGGCUCCUGUCACCCUGCUGGCCUGGCCCCGGCCAAUCCCACCCGUCGUGAGGGUCCGUGUGUGUGCCGGGCUCACGUGGAGGGGCCGAGCUGUGACCACUGCAAACCUGGCUUCUGGGGCCUGAGCCCCAGCAACCCCGAGGGCUGCACUCGCUGCAGCUGUGACCCCAGGGGCACCCUGGGCGGAGUUUCCGAGUGCCAGCCGGGCAGUGGCCAGUGCUUCUGCAAGCCCCACGUGUGUGGCCUGGCCUGUGUGGCCUGUGAGGAUGGCUUCUUCGGGCUGGAUCAGGCUGACUACUUUGGCUGCCACGGCUGCCGAUGUGACAUUGGUGGAGCGCUGGGCCGGGGCUGUGACCCGAAGACGGGUGCUUGCCGGUGCCGCCCCAACACCCAGGGUCCUACCUGCAGCGAGCCCGUGAAGGACCACUACCUGCCUGACCUGCACCACCUGCGGCUGGAGCUGGAGGAGGCCACCACCCCCGAGGGCCAUGCUGUGCGCUUUGGCUUCAACCCGCUGGAGUUUGAGAACUUCAGCUGGAGGGGCUAUGCGCACAUGGCACCCAUCCAGCCCAGGAUCGUGGCCAGGCUGAGCGUCGCCUCCUCUGACCUCUUCCGACUGGUCUUCCGCUACGUCAACCGUGGUCCCACGAGUGUGAGCGGCCGGGUCUCUGUGCGUGAGGACGGCAAGUUUGCCACCUGCACCAACUGUACAGAGCAGAGCCAGCCUGUGGCCUUCCCACCCAGCACCGAGCCUGCCUUCGUCACUGUGCCCCAGAGGGGCCUUGGGGAGCCCUUUGUACUCAACCCUGGCACCUGGACCCUGCUUGUGGAGGCCGAAGGGGUGCUACUGGACUACGUGGUCCUACUGCCCAGCGCCUACUAUGAGGCAGCCCUCCUGCAGCUGCGAGUGACCGAGGCCUGCACCUACCGCCCCUCUGCCCGUCGCUCCGNNNGCAGCUGCCUGCUGUAUGCCCACCUUCCCCUGGAUGGCUUCCCCUCAGCUGCGGGGCCCGAGGCCCUGUGUGGCCGUGACAACAGCCUGCCCCGGCCCUGUCCCACAGAGCGCCUCAGCCCUUCACACCCACCGCUGGCCGCCUGCCUGGGCAGUGACGUGGACGUCCAGCUCCAAGUGGCUGUGCCGCGGCCGGGGCGCUACGCCCUGGUGGUGGGGUAUGCCAACGAGGGCGCGCGUCAGGAGGUGGGCGUGGCUGUGCACACGCCUCAGCAGCCCCCCCAGCUGGGGGCCAUCACCCUCCACCCCUGCACGUACAGCACCCUGUGUCGGGGUCCUGUCCUGGAUGCUCGGCGCCAUGUGGCCACCUUCUACCUGGACUCAGAGGCCAGUGUCCGGCUCACAGCCGAGCAGGCACGCUUCUUCCUGCACAGUGUCACUCUGCUGCCUGAGGAAGAAUUCAGCAUGGAGUUCGUGGAGCCCAGGGUCCACUGCGUGAGCAGCCAUGGCACCUUCAGCCCUGGCAGGUAUGUGGAGCCUGACACGGAGCCCACCUUGCUGCGCCACCCCCAGGGCACUGUGGUCUUCACCACCCAGGUGCCCGUCCUGGGCCGCUACGCCUUCCUGCUACAUGGCUACCAGCCGGCCCAUCCCACCUUCCCCAUCGAGGUCCUCAUCAACGGGGGCCGUGUCUGGCAGGGCCACGCCAAUGCCAGCUUCUGCCCACAUGGCUAUGGCUGCCGCACGCUGGUGCUGUGUGAGGGCCAGGCCGUGCUGGACGUGACUGACAGUGAGCUCACGGUGACCGUGCGUGUGCCUGAGGGCCGGUGGUUCUGGCUGGACUACGUGCUUGUUGUCCCCGAGGAUGCCUACAGCUCCAGCUACCUCCGGGAGGAGCCUCUGGACAAGUCCUACGACUUCAUCAGCCACUGUGCUGCCCACGGUUACCACAUCAGCCCUCACAGCUCAUCCCCGUUCUGCCGAGAUGCUGCCACCUCGCUGUCCCUCUUCUAUAAUAAUGGGGCCUUGCCGUGUGGCUGCCACGAGGUGGGUGCCACAGGCCCCACCUGUGAGCCCUUCGGGGGCCAGUGUCCCUGCCGGGCCCAUGUCAUCGGCCGUGACUGCUCCCGCUGUGCCACUGGCUACUGGGGCUUUCCCAACUGCAGGCCCUGCGACUGUGGCGCCCGCCUGUGUGAUGAGCUCACGGGCCAGUGUAUCUGCCCGCCGCGCACUGUGCUCCCAGACUGCCUGGUCUGCCAGCCACAGACCUUCGGCUGCCACCCCCUGGUAGGCUGUGAGGAAUGUAACUGCUCAGGGGCUGGCGUCCAAGAGCUCACCAACCCUACCUGUGACGUGGACAGUGGCCAGUGCAAGUGCAGGCCCAACGUGGCCGGACGCCGCUGUGACACCUGUGCUCCAGGCUUCUAUGGUUAUCCCAGCUGCCGCCCCUGUGACUGCCAUGAGGCUGGCACUGUGCCUGGCAUGUGUGACCCCCUCACAGGCCAGUGCUACUGCAAGGAGAACGUGCAGGGCCCGAGGUGUGACCAGUGUCGCCUUGGGACCUUCUUGCUUGAUGCUGCCAACCCCAAGGGCUGCACCCGCUGCUUCUGCUUUGGGGCUACAGAGCGCUGUAGGAGCUCUGCCCACAUCCGCCGUGAGUUGGUGGACAUGGAGGGCUGGACUCUGCUGAGCACUGACCGCCAGGUGGUGCCCCAUGAGAGACUGGCAGAAAUGGAGCUGCUGCGUGCGGACCUGCAGCCCAUGGCCAACUCCCUCCUGGAUCCCCUCCCCGAGCUGUACUGGCAAGCCCCACCCUCCUACCUGGGAGACCGGGUGUCGUCCUACGGUGGGGUGCUCCGCUAUGAGCUGCACUCGGAGAGCCAGCGUGGAGACGUCUUCAUCCCCACCGAGAGCAGGCCGGACGUGGUGCUGCAGGGCAACCAGAUGAGCAUCACGUUCCUGGAGCCAGCGUACCCUGCACCCGGCCACGUCCAUCUUGGGCAGCUGCUGCUGGUAGAGGGAAACUUCCGGCACACGGAGACCCACAAUGCUGUGUCCCGAGAGGAGCUCAUGAUGGUCCUGGCGGGCCUGGAGCAGCUGCAGAUCCGCGCUCUCUUCUCGAAGAUCUCCUCGGCUGUGUCCUUGCGUAGGGUCGUGCUGGAGGUGGCCAGUGAGGUGGGCACGGGACCUCCGGCCAGCAGUGUGGAGUUGUGCAUGUGUCCUGCCAACUACCGUGGGGACUCGUGCCAGGAAUGUGCCCCUGGCUAUUACCGGGACGUCAAAGGACUCUUCCUGGGUCGAUGUGUCCCCUGUCAGUGCCACGGCCAUUCAGACCGCUGCCUCCCUGGUUCCGGUGUCUGUGUGGGCUGCCAGCACAACACGGAGGGAGACCACUGUGAGCGCUGCCAGGCCGGCUUCAUGAGCAGCCAGCCUGGGGACCCCUCUUCUCCCUGUGUCAGCUGCCCCUGCCCUCUAGCGGUUCCUUCCAACAACUUCGCGGAGGGCUGUGUCCUGCGUGGUGGCCACCCCCAGUGCCUCUGCAGACCCGGCUACACCGGGGCCUCCUGUGAACGAUGCGCUCCCGGCUUCUUCGGGAACCCUCAGGUGCUGGGCAGCUCGUGCCAGCCCUGUGACUGCAGUGGCAACGGAGACCCCAACAUGAUCUUCAGCGACUGUGAUCCCCUGACAGGCGCCUGCCACAGCUGCCUGCGCCAUACCACUGGACCUCACUGUGAGAGCUGUGCCCCUGGCUUCUACGGCAACGCCCUGCUGCCUGGCAACUGCACCCCGUGCGACUGCUUCCCGUGUGGCACAGAGGUUUGUGACCCCCGGAGUGGCCAUUGCCUGUGCAAGGCCGGCGUGACUGGGCCCCGCUGUGACCGCUGCCAGGAGGGACACUUUGGUCUCGAGGGCUGUCAGGGUUGCCGCCCUUGCUCCUGUGGACCAGCCGCCGAGGGGUCUGAGUGCCAUCCCCAGAGUGGGCAGUGCCGCUGCCGACCAGGAGCUGGGGGACUCCAGUGUCGUGAGUGUGGCCCUGGCCACUGGGGGCUCCCGGAGCAGGGCUGCAGGCGCUGCCAGUGCCCAGGGGGCCACUGUGACCCACACACAGGCCGUUGUACCUGCCCGCCAGGGCUCAGCGGGGAGCGCUGUGACGCCUGCAGCCAGCAGCACCAGGUGCCUGUGCCAGGUGGGCCCAAGGGCCAGGGCGUCCACUGCGAAGUAUGUGACCACUGUGUGGUCUUGCUCCUGGACGACAUGGAGCAGGCCAGCGCCCUCCUCCCUGCCAUCCGUGAGCAGCUGAGUGGUAUCAGUGCCAGCUCUGCAGCCUGGGCCCAGCUAUGCAGGCUGAACACCUCCAUCACCGACCUGCAGGGCCAGCUCCGGAGCCCACUGGGCCCCAGCUACAAAGCAGAGCAGCAGCUGCAGACCCUGGAGCGACAGAGUAUGAACUUGGAGCAGGAUGUUCAGCGGCUGAGUGGCCAGGCCAUGGGGGCCCAGGACCGGGCUGGCCAGCUGCUGAACAGUACGGAGGCCACACUGGGCCAUGCACAGACACUGCUGGUGAUUGUCCGGGCUGUGGACCGCGCCCUGAGCGAGCUGGCAUCCCAGCUGGGCCACAUCUCACCAGCCAACGCAUCGACCCCAUCGGGCGAGCAGCUGCACCGGACACUGGCAGAGGUGGACAGGUUCCUGCGGGAGAUGCGGGCCCGUGACUUCGGGCCACCCCAGGCGGUAGCGGAAGCUGAGCUGACCGACGCCCAGAGGCUGCUGGCCCGUGUGCAGCAGCAUCUGACCCGCCGAUGGGAGGAGAACCAGGCGCUGGCUCAGCAUGCACGCGACCAGCUAGCUCAGCAUGAGGCCGGCCUCAUGGACCUGCGGGAGGCCCUGAAUCAGGCGGUGAGCACCACGCGGGACGCUGAGCAGCUCACCAGCCGCAACCAGGAGCAGCUGGAGGAAGCCCUGCAACGGAGGCAGGAGCUGUCCCGGGACAGCGCCACCCUGAAGGCUACUCUGGAGGCUGCCAGCCGCACCCUGACCCAUGUCUCUGAGCUUCUGCGUGGCACGGACCAGGCCAAGGAGGACCUGGAACACCUGGCCGCUAGCCUGGACGGGGCCCAGACCCCACUGCUGGAGAAGAUCAGGGCCUUCUCCCCAGCUGGCAGCAAGCUGGACUUGGUGGAGACCGCUGAGGCCCACGCAGAGCAGCUGAAUCAGCUGGCAUUCAACCUGUCCAGUAUCAUCCUUGGUGUCAACCAGGACCGUUUCAUCCAGAGGGCUGUGGAGGCCUCCAAUGCCUACAGCAGCAUCCUAAAGGCCAUGCAGGAUGCUGAGGAUGCCGCUAAGCAGGCCUGGCAGCAGGCGAACCAUGCGUGGGAGACCGCGGUACAGCGGGGCCUAGUGCCUCGAGCCCAGCAGCUGCUGGCCAACAGCAGUGACCUGGAGAAGGCUGUGCUCGGGCAGCAACAGAGGUUGGGGCUUGCGUGGGUCACCCUGCAGGGUGCCAGGACCCAGCUCCGAGAUGUCCAGGCCAAGAAGGACCAGCUUGUGGCCCAGCUCCAGGAGGUGCAGGCCAUGCUGGCCAUGGACCCAGGUGAGACAAGCGAGAAGAUUGCCCAUGCCAAGGCCAUGGCUGCUGAAGCCCAGGACACAGCUGCUCGGCUGCAGUCCCAGCUUUGGGACAUGCAGAGGAAUCUGGAGCAGUGGCAGGGCCAGUUUGGGGGCCUGCGGGGCCAGGACCUGGGCCAGGCAGUGCUGGAUGCAGGCCACUCAGUGUCCUCCCUGGAGAAGACGCUGCCGCAGCUGCUGGCCAAGCUGAGCCUGCUGGAGAACCGCAGCACACACAACGCCAGCCUGGCCCUGUCCGCCAGCAUCGGCCGCGUGCGGGAGCUCAUCGCUCAGGCCCGGGGCGCUGCCAAUAAGGUCAAGGUAUCCAUGAAGUUCAACGGGCAUUCGGGGGUGCAGCUGCGCACCCCACGAGACCUCGCAGACCUUGCCGCCUACAGCGCCCUCAAGUUCCACCUGCAGAGCUCUGAGCCAGCGCCAGAGCCCAGGCAGCAGGCCGGGGACCACUUCGUGCUGUACAUGGGCAGCCGCCAGGCCACUGGGGACUACAUGGGUGUGUCUUUGCGAAACCGGACGGUGCACUGGGUAUACCGGCUGGGGGCAGCUGGCCCCGUGACCCUCAGCAUCGACGAGGACAUUGGGGAGCAGUUUGCCACCAUCAGCAUCGCCAGGACCCUCCAGUUUGGCCACAUGUCUGUCACGGUGGAUGAUCCGACCGUCCAAGAGACAAAGGGGGACGCGGUAGCCCCUGGGGUGGAGGGACUGCUCAGCCUGCAGGCUGACGACUUUGUCUUCUACGUGGGCGGGUACCCCAGCAGCUUCACGCCUCCCGCACCCCUCCGCUUCCCCGGCUACCGGGGCUGCAUUGAAUUGGACACGCUAAACGAGGAGGUGGUCAGUCUAUACAACUUCGAGAGGACCUUCCAGGUGGACACAGCUGUGGAUAGGCCUUGCGCCCGGUGCAGCCAGUUCCUGUGCCUGGCCAUGCUCAAAGGCAACCUCGUGCUCCUGUACGACCUGGGCACGGGCCUGGAGGAGGCCACUCCGCUGCAGCCGCCUCCGCCCCUGACCACGGCCAGCAAGGCGAUUCAGCUGUUCCUGCUGGCGGGCAGCCGCAAGCGAGUGCUGGUGCGCGUGGAGAGGACCACGGUGUUCAGCGUGGAGCAGAACAACACACUGGACAUGGCCAGUGUCUACUACCUGGGGGGGGUGCCACCUGAGCAGCUGCCGCCAAGCCUGCAGCGACUCUUCCCCUCUGGGGGUUCCAUCCGCGGCUGCAUCAAAGGGAUCAAAGCUCUCGGCAAAUACGUGGACCUUAAGAGGCUGAACACCACAGGCAUCAGCGCCGGCUGCACGGCGGACCUGCUGGUGGGACGCACCAUGACUUUCCAUGGCCAUGGCUUCCUGCCCCUGGCGCUCCCCGAUGUGGCACCCCUCACCAGUGCGAUCUACUCCGGCCUUGGCUUUCGCAGCACCCAGGACAGCGGUCUGCUCUACUAUCGAGCAUCCCUGGAUGGGCUGUGCCAGGUGUCCCUGCAGCAAGGCCACGUGAUGCUGCGGCUUAUGAGGACAGAGCUGAGGACGCGAGGGGUCUUCAACGAUGGUGCCCCCCACUAUGCCGCUUUCUACAGCAAUGCCACAGGGGUCUGGCUGUUCGUGGAUGACGAGCUGCAGCAGAUGAGGCCUCACCGUGGGCCUCCCCCCAGGCAGCACCCCUCAUCUGAGGAGCUCCCCCAGCUCCUCCUAGGGGGCCUGUCCGAGCCUGCCGCCUCCUUCCACAACUUCAGUGGCUGCAUCAGCAACGUCUUUGUGCGGCGGCUCCAGGGGCCACAGCGCGUAUUUGACCUGCAGCAGAACCUGGGCAGUGUGAACGUGAGCACAGGCUGUGCCCUGGCCCCGCACACCCAGACGCCGGGGCAGGGAGCUCAAGGACUGCGGGCUGUGGCUCGAAAGAGCUCCCGCCGCAGCCGCCAGCCUAGCCAGGACCCUGCAUGCAGGCCACCUCUGUACCUCAGCAAGACCCGAGAUGCCUUCCAGUUUGGGGGUCCCCUUCCCAGUCACCUGGAGUUUGCAGGCAUCCUGGACCCCCACAGGGACUGGUUCCAGCUCUCUUUGCUCGUCCGCCCUCACACCCCCCGAGGCCUCCUGCUCUUCGCUGCCCCACUGGCAGCCAGCGGCCCCUCCCUGGCUGUCUUCCUGAGCCACGGACGGUUUGUCGCACAGACGGAAGGGCCCGGACGCCCCCUUCGCGUCCAGAGCCGCCAGCGUUCACGGGCUGGCAAGUGGCACAAGGUCUCUGUGCACUGGGAGAAAAGUCAGCUUCAGCUCCUCACAGAUGGGGUCCCGGGCUGGAGCCAUGAGCAGCCCAGCCAUCGGGCCCAGAAGGCAGAGGUCCUGCAGCCCCACACCCUCUUUGUGGGGGGCCUCCCAGCCAACAGCCAUAGCUCCCUGCCGGUGGACAUCGGCUUCAAUGGCUGUGUGAAGAGACUGCAGUUGGAUGGGCGGCCCUUGGGGGCCCCUACACGGAUGGUGGGGGUCACACCCUGCACCCCAGGCCCCCUGGAGAGUGGCCUGUUCUUCCCAGGCAGUGGAGGAGUUGUCACCCUAGAACCCCUGGGGGCCACACUGCCCCGCGUGAGCCUGGAGCUGGAGGUGCGGCCUUUGGCAGCCACUGGGCUGAUCUUCCACCUGGGCCGGGCACAGAGUCCCCCGUACCUACAGCUGCAGGUGUUCGAGAAGCAGGUCUUGCUGCGAGGAGAUGACGGGGCAGGUGAAUUUUCCACGUGGGUGACGCGCUCUGCAGCACUGUGUGAUGGGCAGUGGCACCGCCUGGCAGCCAUCAAGGGUGGGGACGCACUCCGGCUGGAGGUCGACACACAGAGCAACCACACCGUGGGCCCUGUCGCAGUGGCCGUGGCUGAUGGCCCAGUACCUCUGCACCUCGGGGGCCUGCCUGAGACCAUGGCUGCAGAGUCUGCGCUUCCUACCUACCAAGGCUGCAUGAGGAAGCUGGUGGUGAACCGGACCCCCAUCACUGUGACUCACCCUGCAGGUGUCCAGGGGGCCGUCGGGGCCAGUGGCUGCCCAGUCACAUAGUGCGGCCGGCAGGGCCCUCCAGCAGAUUCUCCACAGACGGGCAAGGUGCAGCUCCAGGACUGGCCAGGGUACCUGAGCCCCAUGGGGCUUGAGCACCUCCACGUUCAGUAGUUUCGUAGGAGCAUUGUGGGUAUUUAUCUAGGUCCUCUGGGUGACAGGUCUUUUUUCUGGAAAUGGAUUAAAUUAUCUUUUUAAAUGGAAGGGUAGAACACUGUAAAAUGGGCUUUUAUCCUUUUUCCUACCUCCCACAAAUUUUUAGCACUUUUAGACAUAACACCACUGGUUUCCUCAACACAAACAUUAAAAAGUAUUCUGAGUGUGUCAGCUCAAGAGAUACACGGGGCUGAGUGUUGACUUGGCCCUGGCCUCUGCUGCCCAGACCAGAACCGGGUCUGCGCCAGAAGGUAGGAGGAACCUGGGGUGCGACUGGCAGGUCCACAGGGAAGAGCUGCUGCAGCUCAUGCUGGGGAAAAAGGAAGACCAGAGGUGGCAGGUAAAAGAAAGGACUUUUAUUUAUUAGUAAGUCGGAACAGGACAGGGUAUGCAACAAAUCACAAUCACUAGAGCCACGCGACUAAGAAUUCAAUUCCUU